AUGUCUUGUAGCGUUACUGAGCGAGUACCGGAUAACAGAGCGGCAGUUGUGGGUCCCCACGGAACAGCAGGUCCUACAGGGACAAACACCGUCGGUGGGUCAGGAUGUAGGCUGAGAGGCACAGGCGCCAGUAACUCAAGUUUAACAACAUCGCCAAAUUCGAGAGGCAGCAUACCAGCCUCGGCAAGUGCUCCACAGAAUGGCCCCCAACCGAGUGCUCAAGGCUCUACGCUCAGACCAAAGCCUUGCUGCUUGUUAUGGUGCUGUUGCUGCAAAUGUCCCUGUUCAACGCCAGGUAACAAAUCAAACGAUGAUAAUGGACCCACAAGAAACUCAAAUAAUUCUGAUGCCAUGGCAAACUGCGAGUUGGAACCACCUCCAUCAAUAGAAGAAAUCCGCAACUGGGGCAGAUCAUUCGAUAAACUUAUGAGAAGUGCAGCUGGGCGAAAUUACUUUAGAGAUUUUCUAAGAGGAGAAUACUCCGAAGAAAAUAUAAUGUUUUGGUUAGCUUGUGAAGAUCUCAAACGAGAAACAAAUCCAGAAAUAGUUGAGGAGAGAGCUAGAAUUAUAUACGAAGAUUAUAUUUCAAUACUUUCUCCAAAGGAGGUGUCAUUGGAUGCUAGAGUACGUGAAAUUGUGAAUCGCAACAUGGUGGAACCGACUCCACAUAUGUUUGAAGAAGCACAGAUUCAAAUCUACACUCUGAUGCACAGGGAUAGCUAUCCACGCUUCGUCAACUCACCGUUAUACCGUACGUUGUCUCAACAACAGAGUGGUUCUUCGGGUCCCCAAUCUGGUGUGACAACGGCCAUGGUCACAACGGUCUCUUCUGGGGACCAGGACGGAUAA